AUGUCUACCGGGAAUAUGGCUGAGAGAGAGCAAACGUGUCUGAUCAAGUCGCUUCCCGACGAAAUCCUCGUUGAUAUCAUAGCUCGUUCGCCGAUAUGCUACCACACGGCCAUCUCCGUCGUUUCCAGGCGUUUCCGGUCACUCGUUGCAUCGCCGGAGCUGUACCAGGUGAGACGAUCCCUGUUUGACUUCAACGAACCCUGUCUCUAUUUUGUCCUCGAGAACAUUGAAAACUCUGAAAACCGUGUCUAUAUUCUCCGCCGGAAACCCGACGGUGGUCGCCGCUUGGUCCUUAUCCCUUCGCUUCCCGCUCUGCCUCGCGAAGCAAGCUUUGUCGCGGUGGACUCGAAGAUACACGUGUUUGGUGGGUUUAACCAUCACGGCAAGACAUCAAGUGCUUUAAGCAUCGACUGUAGACCUAGAUGUCAUACGGUGCAACCCCUUCCGAGCAUGCCUGUGCCCGUGGCUAGUUCAGUCGCCGGCAUCAUCGACGAGAAGAUUUACGUAUUUGGAGAUACUAAUUACAACUCCCAAGUCAUGGUUGUGUUCAACACAGAAACACAAACGUGGGAGGAGCAGCCUAGGGUGAUAGAGCCAGAUUUCAAGCUAGGUCAUGACUUGUAUGGUUGUGUGGUGAUGGACAAAAAGAUGUGCAUGAGGCAUUAUCGUGGUAGCUUUGUUUACGAGCCAAAAGAAAAUAAACUGAAAGAAGAGAUAGAUCUGACGUGGAGAAAGUGGGAGAGUGGGUGUGGCAUUGAUGAUGAAUGUUACUACUACGACGGUGAUGACAACAAGUUAAUGGCGUAUGACAUAAAGGAGAGUGAUUGGAGAGAGGUCAUUGGUGUAGAAAAGUUGUUGGAGGAGGCAAGACGUUCACUGAGGUAUGCGUACACUGUGAGCUACGGAGAACGCCAAGGAGACGAUAUUUGGGGUAAAGUUGAGUGGUGCGAUGUUGUGUUUGCUGGCAACUUUUACGUGAUAGAAUCUCUAGCUGCUAUGGGACUGAGUGAUAUGAGUGUCGAUCUCGAGAUGGCUUCCGAGCUAAUUAAGGCAAAGAAAGAGCAAAAAACAACGUCUCUCUUCACGUCACUACCGGACAACGUUUCCACACGUUUCAGGUCACUCGUUGCGUCGCCUGCGAUGUACGCAGCGAGACAGUUGUUGGGAUGCAACAAGAAACAGUAUUGUCUCUAUGUUGUCCUCCAGGACAUGUACAUCGAAACCUCUAACAAACGGUUAUAUAUUCUCCGCCGGAAACCAAACGGCGAUCGUCGGUUGGUCCUUGUCCCGUCUCUUCCCGUUCUGCUUGACAAAGGAAGUUUUGUCGCGGUGGGUUCGAUGAUACAUGUGUUUAGUGGGGUUUAUCAACGAGCCUGGACAUGCAUUGGUGGGGUUAACCGUUACGUCAGAGCGUCCAAGGCGUUAAGCAUCGACUGCGGAUAUCAUACCGUGCAAGACCUUCCGAGCAUGCCUGUGCCCAUGGCUAGUUCAGUGGCCGGCGUCAUAGACGGGAAGAUUUACGUGGUUGGAUAUACGAAUGAUAACAAGGUUAUGGUUAGUGUGUUCAAUACAGAAAGACAAGUGUGGGAGCCUGAGAUGAUAGAGCCAGACAUGGAGCUAGGUCAUGGUUUGGUUGAGUGUGUGGUGAUGGAUGAUAAGAUGCACGUGAGAGGUUGUCUUGGCAGCUUUGUGUACGAGCCGAAGGAAAAUAAAUGGGAGAAGGACGAGAAUCUGAGUUCGAACAAGUACUGGAAGAAUGCGUGUGUUGUUGGUGACGUGUUGUACUACUAUGAUCGUGUUGAGAACAUGUUAAAAGUGUAUGACCCGAAACUGAGGAACUGGGGAGUGGUGAAAGGUGUGGAGGAAUUGUUGGCUGAGGCGAGACUUUCGACUGGGAGGGCAUGCGCUGUGAGUUACGGUGAGAAGUUGAUUCUCUUUUUUACCAAACAAGUUAGUAGAAUAAAAGAGCUUUGGUGUGCUGAGAUUACGCUCGGAGAACGCCAAGGAGACGAUAUUUGGGGUAAAAUCGAGUGGUGCAAUGUUGGUCCGACUGGUUUAACCGCUGCGGUUGCGGUUGCGGGAGUUUGCGGCUGCGGGAGUUUGCGGAAGCGGGAGUUUGCGAUUAAAAGCUGUUUGUACGACUGGUAUAGCAAUUCAUAG